AUGGAUCGGAAGCUCCUCUUCAGUCUUUGUAACGCAGAUCUUGGCAGCAACGCACCACCUCUUUCUGUAACCACCAUGUUCGACAGCUUGCCAUUCGAGAUAAUCCUUCAAAUUCUUGCAUACCUGCCUGUUUCAUCUCUUUCUUCCUUAUCUUCCAUCUCACACUCUUGGAACGACUUCUUCGCAAAAAAUGAGACCGCCAUCUAUCGCGAAUCUGCUCUGCUCCAUGGAUUCGCUGAUCAGCGCACCACUGAGCCUGACCAUGCGAGUCUGAGCAAGAGAUACUCAAAUCGAGUGCUAAAUCCAGGUUUCACUUGGAAAAAACUGUGCGAGACUCGUGUCAAAGUUCGCAACGCUUGGAGUGGAUGCGCGGCAUCUACUGUUAUUUCCCUUCCUACCCAGAUGCCCAAUGCAGGUGCAUUUCCAACCAAAGUCCAUCGAAUCAAAGUCGAUGAGCAGAGAGGAUUCCUUAUGAUUACGUCUCAGGAAGGUGGCCUUUUCGUGAUGGAUGUCGACACGGGAACAUUCUUGUUCGCCUUGAGUCAGGGCUAUGUACAUGAGUAUGCGCACAUCGAGUAUUCGGAAGGCUACAUGAUCUUCGAUCGGUUGGACAACUCUCGAGAGGUCUGGCGCCUCCAAGACAUUGAAGCUACAGACGCCUUAGUGGAUGAAGAGUCCCAGCCGGAUCAGUUUCAGAUCGAAGAAUUUGAGAUGGGCAUGCACCUUGCCCGUUACGUGCAACUCACCCGGUCCUCCGAUGUGGCACAACUUCCGCUGAGAGGAUGCUUCGAACCCUACGCACUCUUAACGGCACCUGAGGUGACAAGGUGCUCGCGGUUCGUGUAUCCGACGCUGUUGGCGGCUUCUCUCGAUCGUGUCUACCUGUGGGAUGUCCCGACAGGUCGUGUGAUGGAAGUUCUAGAGGGACUCGACGUCCUUUCUACGGACACAGCUCUGCCCUUGGAGCCCGUAUCGAACUCUCUUCCGACCCCAGACGCUGACGAGGCUGAAGAAUACGUCUCCCCACCGACGGAAAGCCUCGAGGCAAUCGUCUACGUGGAUCACAGCGUUAACCACGUCUUCUUAGCUGGCCGCCAUGCUGUCAGAGUUUUCGAUAAGGCUAGAGUUGACAGCGAACAUCCCUCUUCGAGCUCGAGCAAUUCGAAUGCCCACCAAGGGCGAGUGGUGCUGAAUCUGUGGUCGACGCACCUACGAGCGGGGCGCUGGUCAUAUUCUCCACGAUACGGCAGCGGAGUUCAAGAAGAAGGGUCUGCGCUCGUUCAUUAUGAGGUCGACUUUAGCGAGCGACAGUGGGUCCGACGAUCUCGUAGACUCAUCGAUGAGUUCAUUGCAGUUCACGUAUCACCCUGUGGGUUGCACUUCGCUGCUCUCCUCUCAGGCUGCCGCUUGCUCCUUGUGUCCAACUUCAAGCGAAUGAACCGAAACCCGCGAACCCGAGCCCAUGAAGUCGAAUUGUACAAUACCACUCUUGAUAUUCGCUUGGGGUCGCCAAGGUCAGCACGCAGUAUCUACCUUGCAUACGAAGCAGGAGAUGCUGGGGAAGGGAGGAUCGGAGUCGUCACCUCAAGCGCUGUCUUCGUCGUCAUCGUACCCCCUCUGCCUGUACCAGAGGCCGCAACAUUACCUGUCGCUCCUCCGAAGAUUCGCAUAGCUCGCGUCAAGGAGUUCAUGAACCCAUCAAGCCUCUCCUCCGUUUCGUGUCUGAUGCUUUCCGACACCGGCCUCUUCCUGAACUGGGACGGUGGCAACAAUGACUCCGAAGACGAAGAUGCCUCGCGGGACUGGGAGGAAGCAUUUGAAGAAAGUCUUAGGGAUUCAGUCGUACCAGGCGAGGACAAUCUUAACCAUACGGACGGGGAAGAUAUCGUGAUUUCACCGGACAUUCCUGACCAGCCUGCAGACGCCUCUAUUGUGCAUGCCGUCAAUUUCCUGCCGCUGGAAGCACGUUGA